UUUCAGCAACUUCCUCCAUCAGAUCUCUCUGCCUCCUGCAGCCCCCACAGCGCCCUCUGCAGCCACAAGCGCCCCCUGCUGCCCCCACAGCACCCCCUGCAGCCAUGGACAGCACCCCGAGGAGAUGGGUGCUGAAGCCUCUGUCUCCCCUGCUGCAACCCUCAGACCUGCGUACCAUAACCAGCCCCACACGGACCGAUGGCCUUGACUGGGACGAUCCAGUCUUCACCUCCAACAGCAUCUCCGUGGCUCGCAGUCAGUCCUCUGUGGUCAUCUCUUCACAGCAGGGUGACAGGUCCAGGGACGUGGUGGUUCAGGCCCAGCAGGUGGCAGUGUCACAAGAUGGAGGGAGCACCAGCGACGAGUGGCAUCCCAGUAGCCCCAGCAUCCCUAGCAGUCCCAGCAGCAGCUCAGGCUCUCACUGCGGUUUCUACUCCUUUGUGGAGGAUCCGACGAGUCCGGAGGCCGAGCUGAAUGAAGCCUGGAUGGUCUCGCCGCAGCGGCAGACUCAGCUGGCGACCUUAAAGGAGGAUAAAGGAUUCAAACUACAGACCUACACCAGCAGCAGGAAGCCAGAGAGUCUGUUCUCAGAGAGCAAUGGCGACAGGCAGUAUAAAGUAGAUCUGUCCGACGGCAUCAAAGUGGUUCAGAAGGAAGAGGAGAAGGAGCUUCGAAAGGAGAUCAUUCGUAGCCAAGCACCAAAGAAGAACCCAACAUUCAAAGACCAGCUGAGUGCGCUGGAGAAUCUGGAUCUGAGCCGAUCUACAAACAAACUGAUAGAUGGUUUCAGUGUGAGCUUCAGUCCUUCCAGCUUCAGACCAGAACUUCACCGCACUGCUGACCCUGGGACCAUCGACAAGGAGCAGAUCAACUUUAGUGCUGCACGAAAACAGUUUCUGAAGAUGGAACAGGAGCAGCUGACAGCACUCCUCAAUCCUCUGAGGUCUUCAAAAACACAUAUGAAUGCGUCUCUGCAGCCAGAUCUGGAUGCGUCCUCGUCAAGUCAGGUGGAGACAUACCGCAUGGAGAUGAGUGAAGAUACAACACAGUUUAAACCAUCAGAGGACCCAGAGAGUAAGAUGACGGUGUGCCGGACUGAGGAAAGUCUCAGCCGGCAGAGCAGUGUGUUCGACGACCUGGACUCCGGGCUGGAGGAGCUUUCUGUGGAGGUGGGUGGCGGCUACACAAGUGACGAAGGUGUGUUCAAUGACAACUCUCGGCAAAACAACAGGAGCGACUAUGAGACGCCAAUUGAAAGGGAGAUCCGGUUAGUUCAGGAACGCGAGGAAAACCUGCGGCGCUCUCGAGGGCUGAAGCACAGUGUCAGCAGAGCGGAGAUGGUAGAGAUUAAAACUAAACGUUUACAGUCGCCUUUGGCUUUAACGUCUGUUAAAGCCAAAGAGAAGAGCCGAGUGAGCUUCAUCAUCCAGCGUGAGCUCCAGAAGGAAAACCAGAGGAAGGAGGAGCCUCAGCAGCAGGGACAAUACAGUCUGGAUCCUCCACAGGAGAUUGAGCACAUACAGAAGGAGUUUGACCAACAAGACGGGGACAAGAGGACAGAAGAAAGACCUCAGUCUGGAGAAGUCUUCCCGUCACCUUGCUGUCCUCAUCGACACCCCGAAGAAACUGAGUUGUAUAUCAGCCGAAUUAGUUCAGCUCCUUCCUCCUUCUCUGUGAGGGACUCAGAUUUCACAAGAGGUCUCCACCAAGAUCGAAUAACUUCUUCAUCUUCCUCUUCUCUCUCGUCCCCAACACCUCUGCCGGACACGACCUUGAACAUGCCUCGGUCCUGGAGGAAGAACCUGGAGUCCACUGGCCUGCAGUCCAGUGGACAAAGAGCUCCGGAUUUCAUUGAGAAGGAGAUUGAGGAGGUCCUGAAACGAGAGCAGGAGCUGCGGGAACUGAGGGAGUCCAGGGACGAAACUGAUCGACAGCUAUUCUCUCCGGCCCCUUUGGUGGAACAGGCAACCAAGAUGGCCGUCAGUCAGUUCUACCCACCUGUAAGCACAGGUAUGUAGUCCUCAUCAUGGUUGGAUUACUGUCCAGGAAACUGGAAACGUUAUACAUUUAUUACUUUAGAUUAAAUCCAGUGCUGCAGGAAUGAGUCAUAAAACCUUGAACUGA